CGCGCGACAACAGUGUUGACAACACACGCAGAGGGAAACACGGGCAAAGAGAGUCGAGAGGAGCUGAAGUCACUACAUCUGCUCCUGAACUCCUGUGUCCCAUCAUGGCUCUGUCAGGAUCUCAAUCCCCGGAUGAUGCUUUGCACGGCUCUUGGGUGGAGCUGGAGGGUCUGGUGGCUCCUGCAGGUCAAACAGAAGCGCAGGACACCACCGCCUCCCUCCUGCAGGGGGAGCUGGAGAGGAUUCUGCUGGAAGCUCAGCUGGAGUGUGAGAGGAGCAGUCAAACAGAAAGUCCUCCGCAAGUCGUGACCCCGAGAACAUCUGGAUCUCCCAAACCAGCCAGUGAGGGCAGCAGCAGCACAGAUUGUGUGACUAUACAGUCGGAUGAGAAUGACAGGCGAGUGAGUGCUGAGUGGGUGUGGGAUUGGUCCAGUCGGCCAGAAAACCUCCCGCCCAAGGAGUUUGUGUUUCAUCACCCAAAGCAGUCUGGCUCUCUGAGCGUGAGGAAGACUGAGGUGAUGAAGAGGGGUUUGUUUUCUUCAGAUGUGCUCCUCAUCCUCCUGCCCUCUCUGCUCGCCUCACAUGCUCUGACGCUGGGCCUGGGAAUAUACAUAGGGAAACGGCUGGCAUCCUCCUCCACCAGCACACUGUGACAUGUGACAUUUGUGAGCUCACCGAUUGGCUGAAGCAGCUGCCAUUAGCACUGCAGUCCAAUCACGCCUCUCUUCUUCUCCCGUGAUGGGCAACAGCUUCUUCUGUCUCCGUUUAUGUCUGUCCUGUUUCACCACAAAGCUCUCUUUCUCUGUCUCCGUGUAUUUAAAGGGGUUAUAUCAUAUGAAAUCAAAUUGUCCUUGAUAUUUUCUCGAUAAAAGAGUCUGAUGUUCCAUGAAAGUAUACAUUUGAGAACUCAAAACUUUCUUACAAAAAGGGGUAUUUAUUGAAAAUAAGCCAUAAGAACUAAUUCGGAACUCCUCUGAAGACGUGCAUUUAAGAUUUAUGUAUUCGAUCUAUUGGAUACAUAAUGGAGGUAUUAUGUAUUGGAUUUUUGUCCAAACUGUGUAACCCAAGUGAAUGGAAAUUUUAUAUGCAAUUCAAAUGCAAAAUAUUAUAUACUUAAAAAAUUAGGCCUAAAUAUUUUUGAUGUCAGACGGAUUAAUAUGUUAUUGACCGAAAGAGUCAAAAUGGGUAAAAAAAAAAUAAAAAUAAAUGUUAUCAAAAAGAAAUUUAGGAUUGCUAUUUCUGCACAAAAUUAUAAGUGGAGCUCAGGGAAAACUUUACGUAUGGUAUGACCCCUUUAACCCCAUGAAAGUGUCUUUUUAAGACUAAACUGUCCAUCUAAAUCUUUUUGUAGUUGUUUAGUCCACUAAGGCCUGUGUCCACAAGUGUGUCAGGUCAGUACAAUUACUACAGGGAGCACAGAAACAAAUGUUAUUUUACAUCUAAAUCAAAUGCAAGACAUACAUUCAGUUUGAGACAUGAGUUUAGUCAUGGAUAGUGUAUGACUGAAUCGUUUCGUGUUUGUGUGGAGCAAAAUAAUGUGCAAAAUCACAUAUUGCAGUAACGUGUUUGAGAUAUAGAUCCAUUCCAUGUUGUAAUGUGAAGUUAACUGAAGAUAAGCAGGUCAAAUUAAUCUUGUUUGUAAAAACUCGACCACAAUAAAUGUCACUCUUACCACCUUC